AUUCACCAUAUGUCACAUGACACUGUGAGCAGCCGGACCGCGUCAUGUGGUGGAGUGACAUCUUCUCAUCUUCUCCUAACCAUCAUCAGUACACAUCUCACAAUGUCUUCUCUCAACGGUUGGCACAAAGGUGAACGCUCUAUUCAGCAAAAACUCGGAUUUCGUGGAGCCGUAUCCCAGGCUUGGACCCAAAUCGAAGGAGAAAUACCAGAGCAGCACCGAAAUUUCUACUCCACGUGUCUCCCAUUUAUUCCUGUCACCACUCUUGAUUCUAUGGGUCGUCCUUGGUCUUCAAUACUCGCAGGUCCAAAUGGAGAGGUUGGGUGGGCAUCUAGCGAGAUGUAUGACCAAUUAUCUAUGCGGGCGGAGGUCUGGGACGGUGAUCCGCUCAAGGCGAAUGCGGACUAUCAUGCUCAUACUGCGGAUGAGUCUUCGAGGAAGAUGCUGAUUGCUGGUAUCGGCGUAGAGUUCUCAAGUAGACGCAGGACCAAGUUCGCAGGGUCGGUCAAGGUUAUUGAAGAGCACGAGGGUUUAUUGGAUAUUCGCACGACCGUAAACGAAGCUAUUGGGAAUUGCCCGAAAUACAUCACGAUCCGCGAUCUCGUUCCAUUUCCAAAUACGACACCUCGAGUCACCCAUCAAGAAAUGAACCUCCUCUCGACUGGCCGCCUUCCCUCAGAUCUCAUCUCAUUCAUCUUGUCAUCCGACACUGUAUUCCUAGGUUCAUCAUACUCGGCCUCUAAGGAAGAUGCACCGAGGUUUCCAUCUCACCUCGGCAUGAAUCAUCGUGGCGGGAGACCCGGGUUUGUUCGUGUGCGCAAUGAUGAGCGUACUCUUGUCUUGCCCGAUUACUCAGGCAACCGAUUAAUGACAUCCCUCGGAAAUAUAGAAGCCACAGCUCUUGCUUCUUUGACAUUCCCAUCAUUCACCGACGGAUCACUCUUAUAUGUUACCGGAAUCGCCCAUAACCUUGUUGGCGCUCCCGCUCAAGCAAUCAUGCCUUCACAUAAUGCUCUCACCACGAUUGAAAUAACGGGUUAUAUUUGUAUCGAGAACGCAUUGCCUGUUCGUCAACGCGAAGGGACAGAGCCGCAAAGGAGUAUGUAUGCGCCCCCUGUGAAGCUGCUCAAAGAAGAACAAGCUUCAUCAACAUACUUCAGCACCGAAGACACCAUACACGCCGCGCUCUCCCGCGUUGAGUUUCAUUCUUCCGAUCUCGCCACAUUCACGUUUGAAUCACCCCACAAACUUGAUAUUAUUCCAGGCCAAGCUGCUAUCCUUGAUUUCACCUCUUUUCUCGGUGCGUUGCCAUACAGGCACAUGGCACCCAAGAACCCGAAUUUAGUGAACGACGAUCGUAUCAGGACGUGGACCAUUUCGUGGUGCAGCUCGUGGACUUCGGUUGAGGACAGGGUAGGCACGACGUUCUCCUUGACAAUGCGCCUGAAGCCUGGUGGUGCCGUUACCGGGGCACUGUUUAGCAUUGCCAACAAACUCUCAGCGGUUCGCCCUGAGUUCCUUGAGGACUCACGUCCUCUCGGUCUGGGCGUUACAGUGGUCGGGAUAGUGGGGGACUUCGUCCUUGAGCCCCCAGACCCUCACGAUGGCGCUAAAAUUGCGGCUAGACGUGAGGAAGAACAAACGUCGAUUCAAAACAACGCUCCAAGGAAGCUCCUUUGGGUAGCCGGCGGGAUUGGAAUAACACCUUUCCUCGCUAUGCUCUCUGGCGUUCCGUCCUCGUGCUCCAAGUAUGAAAUCACCCUUGUGUUAUCCACGCGCGAGCCAGAUGUGAUGCUCCUCCUUCUUUCCAAUGCCAUAAAAGUCGCUCCCCACAAAGCUAAACUAAUCAUUCACAUCUUCUCGCACACUGAACAAUUCGAGAGCUCCUUGCCUGCUUCGGUAUCGCUUCAUCGUCAUUCUGGACGGAUCACUUCCCAGUUCAUUUCUGACUUCAAAGUUGAAUGUGUGUAUGUUUGCGGUCCGGAAGCAUUCGAGCGAGAGGUUAUCCAGGGUAUGGUUGGGACGGUGAGAAGGGAAGGGUUUGAUUACUGAUGUAUUUUAAGACGCAAUAUCUCUUGACUUUCUUUUACGAUGCAGGGAAGAUGUCUUCAACGCACGGUC